AUGUGCUGUAUAGCUGAGGUGCCGGUCCGUCGCUGCAAUCAUCGAAGCACGUGGUCGGCGGACGCCGACCAGGACGUUGCGAGGGCACGGACGGGACGCUCAUCUCCUUGCAAAACGGCCCCUCCGUGGCUUUUCGAUGACGUCACACAGCAGACCGAACAUCUGCGACACGGUGUCGAAUUUUGCGCACUAAAUACGUUGUGCCGGCAUUUGGCCCCUUGGUCUGUGGAAGAGACGGGCCACAUCGGCAUUAAGCUCAGGUAUUCGGUGGCAGGCGCAACCGAGCAGCGUUACUGGGUCAGUGCGUUCAAAUAG